CUCAUUGCAAUCUCCUCAAACACUAGCAAAGGGAAGGAAAAGUACCUUCCCCAAUAACCCUUCUCUCCGAUUUGGCUUCUCUCAUCGGAGGGAAACAAUCAAUAAAAGAAAAAAAAAACCCACAAAAAGAUUAUAACAAAAAAAGUAUGAAAGGAAAAGUACUAGGUUCCGCAGUUUCUCUCAUCCUAGUGGUGGGUGUGGUAAUUGGCGUGGUUGCUGUAGUUCAAAGCCCAAAGGGCGUGAACAACAACAACAAUGGAGGAGAAUUGAAAACCAGCAACAGGGCCGUGACAGCGUUGUGCCAAGGCUCAGACGACCAGAAACUGUGCCACGAGGUUCUGUCAUCUUCGAACAGCACAGACCCAAAGGAGUACAUCGCAACCGUGGUGAGAACCUCGAUGGACAGCGUGAUCAAAGCGUUCAACAUGAGCGACAGGCUGACGGUGGAACACGGCAACAGCAGCGCCGGAAUGAAGAUGGCUCUGGAGGAUUGUAAGGACUUGUUGCAGUCCGCCAUCCACGACCUAGAGGCCUCAGGCGUGUUGGUCAAAGAGAGCAGCCUACAGGACGUGCACCAGCGCACCGCCGAGCUCAAGAACUGGUUGGGAGCCGUUGUUGCCUACCAGCAAUCGUGCCUGGACGGCUUCGACACCGACGGCGAGAAGAAGGUGCAGGAGCAGCUGCAAUCUGGGAGCUUGGACAACGUUGGAAAACUCACUGGCUUGGCACUCGAUGUCGUGUCAGGGAUUUCACACAUUCUCCAAUCCUUGGACUUGAACCUUGCUCUCAAGCCCGCCUCUCGCCGCCUUCUGGAGGUGGACCAGGAAGGCUACCCCACUUGGGUCUCCGCUGCUGAUCGCAAGCUCUUGGCUCAGCUCAACGACGGUGCAGUCUUGCCCCAUGCUACUGUGGCUAAGGAUGGCAGUGGUCAAUUUACCACUGUUUUGGACGCUAUUAACUCCUACCCUAAGAAACACCAAGGCAGAUACAUUAUCUACGUUAAGGCUGGUAUCUACGACGAGUACAUCACCGUUGACAAGAAGAAGCCCAAUCUUUUCAUCUACGGUGAUGGCCCCACAAAUACCAUCAUCACUGGCCGCAAGAACUUUCACGAGGGUACCAAGACAAUGAGAACCGCCACCUUCUCUACUGUUGCCGAGGAUUUCAUGGCGAAGUCAAUUGCAUUUGAGAACACCGCUGGUGCAGAAGGACACCAAGCAGUGGCACUUCGCGUGCAAGGUGAUCGUUCAGUGUUCUUUGAUUGUGCUAUGCGCGGUUACCAAGACACAUUGUAUGCCCACGCCCAUCGUCAGUUCUACCGCAAUUGCGAAAUCUCUGGAACAAUUGAUUUCAUUUUCGGAUACUCCACCACCUUGAUCCAAAACUCGAAGAUCUUGGUGAGGAAGCCCAUGGCAAAUCAGCAGAACAUAGUGGUGGCAGAUGGCACAGGGCAGAAGAACAUGCCCACAGGAAUAGUCCUCCAUAACUGCGAGAUCAUGCCGGACCCUACCCUCUUGGCAGACCGCUUGAGCGUGAAGACUUACUUGGCCAGGCCAUGGAAGGCAUUCUCAAGGGCAGUGUUCAUCGAGAAUGUUAUCGGGGACUUGAUUCAGCCAGAUGGUUAUAUUCCAUGGAACCCAAUUGAACCAAACACACAGGAUUGCUACUUCGCUGAGUUUGGCAACACUGGACCAGGUUCCGUUGCUCAAGCAAGAGCCAAGUUUGGCAAAGGUCUCAUUAGCAAGCAGGAGGCUGCACAAUUCACUGCUGAGCCUUGGCUCCAAGCUAGCACUUGGUUGCCUGCUGCUGGCGUUCCUUUCGAUGCUAGCUUCACCAAAGCUUAAGGAUCCGAGACAAACCAGCAUCUUGAGUGUUAUAAUCUCUUUUUUAGCCUACCUAAAUUAAUAAAACUAUAAACAGGAAAUCGAUUACCUAAUUUCAAUGCAGUCACACAUAGCCACUCCAUUGUCUGAGGAGCUGAUUUGUAAUCAUUCAAUAAGCUUUUCAUAUUUAUGAUUUAUGCCUUUUUGUAUCAACCACUUCAUCUCUGUCUUCAGUAUGCAUAUAACAUAGACUGAUGAUGGGAGAAGCAAUGGGAAUUUUGCUUUUGGCUAUUUAA